CCUCCGCCAGUCGCCGGCCGGUCAUGGCGGUGUGCGCGCGGCUGUGUGGGGUGGGGCCGUCGCGGGGCUGCCGGCGGCGCGGGGCGCAGCGGGAGCAGCGGCGGGAGGGCCCGGCCGACAGCGAGCCCGACACGGACGCCGAGGAGGAGCGGAUCGAGGGAGCCCGGCUGGGGCAAGGGCAGGCUCCGGCCCCGGCCGCCCGGGCCCCGCUCUCCCUGCUGGAGCUGCCCCCCGAGCUCCUGGUGCAGAUCUUCGGCUCCCUGCCCGGCACCGACCUGCCCAGCCUGGCCCGGGUCUGCAGCACCUUCCGCCGCAUCCUCCGCACCGACACGAUCUGGCGGCGGCGCUGCCGGGAAGAGUAUGGUGUCUGUGAGAACUUACGGAAACUGGAGAUCACAGGAGUGUCCUGUCGAGAUGUCUAUGCCAAACGUAUAAAUCCACGAGUGAAGUCGGGGCGUUUUAUGAAAAUCCUUCCCGACUACGAACACAUGGAGUACAGAGAUGUUUACACCUGCCUGCUGCACCAAUAUCGACACAUCUUGGGACUAUGGCAGCCGGACAUUGGGCCGUAUGGGGGACUGCUGAACGUGGUGGUAGAUGGCUUGUUUAUCAUUGGCUGGAUGUACUUGCCCCCUCAUGACCCUCAUGUGGAUGAUCCAAUGAGGUUCAAGCCCCUUUUCCGGAUUCACUUAAUGGAGAGGAAAAGUGCGACUGUCGAGUGUAUGUACGGCCACAAGGGGCCACACAAUGGCCAUGUCCAGAUCGUAAAGAAGGACGAGUUCUCCACGAAGUGCAACCAGACAGAUCACCAUCGAAUGUCAGGAGGAAGGCAAGAGGAAUUCCGGACGUGGCUGAGGGAAGAAUGGGGCCGGACUCUGGAGGAUAUCUUCCAUGAGCACAUGCAAGAGCUCAUCUUGAUGAAGUUCAUCUACACCAGCCAGUACGACAACUGCUUGACGUACCGACGCAUCUACCUGCCUCCUAGCAGCGCUGAUGACCUCUUAAAGCCGGGUCUCUUCAAGGGAACAUAUGGGAGCCACGGCCUGGAGAUUGUCAUGCUGAGUUUUCAUGGGAAGAAAGCCAAAGGGACUAAAAUAACUGGAGAUCCCAAUAUCCCAGCUGGCCAGCAGACGGUGGAGAUCGACCUGGUGCACCCCAUCCAGCUCCCUGACAUCGAGAACCUGCGCAACUUCAAUGAGCUCUCCCGCAUCGUCCUGGAGGUGCAGGAGCAGGUGCGCCGGGAGCAGCAGCAGCAGGAGGAGGAGGAAGGGCAGGGCGAAGGGGAGGGCCACUCCCGACAGGGCGACUCGCAGCAAGCAGAGCAGCCUGCGCAGAGGGAUGACGCUGGGGCUGAGGGGACUGAGGCUGCGGGGGCAGCAGCAGCCCAGGAGUCGGCGCCAACCUCGCAACCCUUUGUGCUGCCUGUGGGAGUCAUAUCGAGGAACGAGGAUUAUCCCCGGACCUGCCGGAUGUGUUUCUAUGGCACGGGGCUCAUUGCCGGACAUGGCUUCACCAGCCCUGAGCGAACGCCAGGCAUCUUCAUUCUCUUCGACGACGAUCGUUUUGGGUUCAUCUGGCUGGAGCUGAAAUCCUUCAGCCUCUACAGCAGGAUCAAGGUCUCUUUCCAGAAUGCCGCAGCGCCGUCCCGAGAGGCCUUCGAUGAAAUGCUCAAAAACAUUCAGUCAAUGACGACUUGACAGGCGGCCCCUGGUGGACAGAGGAGGGAUUGCGAAGAAGGCUUCUGCUCUCUCCUGCCAAGGACAGAAGCCUUGCCUGUGGUACCUCUGAACAAAAGCAUGCACUUUUCAAUAAGGCCUUUUUGCCAAAAUCUACACAUCCCUGUUAGAAUAUAAACAGAAUCCCCACACUGCUCCCUGGCAGUACUUUCUAUAUAGCCUGCGACACAGCUCUGCAUAGUGAGAGGGAACCUACACAGGAGGGAAAUGAGCAUGCUUGCAUUUUUAAAAGAAUGUAUCAGAGCAAAAUUCCUUAGAGGCCAAUGUUGAGGAACGUGUAAAUCGAUAUAGCGGAUGUGUUAUAUACGUGCGCUCUGCUCUAGCCAUUGGCACAUCCCUGCAGAAGGCAAACCCUUCAGUGAAGUGUCGUGUUAAAUCUUUCCUGCAAUCGGCCCAAUCUAACAAUUUGAAGACUUGAUCACCACCCAAAAACCCCACACCCCCACCUGCAAAUUAUCUGCCAAUUUAUUGCGUGGCUCAAAAAUGACUAAUGUGUGUUUCGCCCCCUCCAGGGCCCUUCCUUAUAAUGCAGCCUUGAUGGAAAAACCUGAGGUAGCUCUGCCCUUGGUUUGGGAAUCAAAGUGGGAGUCAACAGUAAGAGAAGGGAUUUCCACUGCAAACAGCUCCACAGGUACCCUCGUGCUUCCUCCCAGAGCUUGCUGCCCCCAUGGCCCUCUUGGACUCUAGUCUGAUUCUGACUAGAGGCCAAGGGGGAAUCAUAGCUCCCUUUAUAGGGCCCCAGUAUGGAACUCCAAACAAAACCAGUUCAGAUUGGAGGAGAAUCUUCUGCAGUUUUAACUCAUUUUAAGUGGCUCUUUUUAAAGACUUUUAAAGUUCUCGUUUUAAAGAACUAAAAAUCCUCUAAAUAUGGUGAAUUUCUGACUGUCACCUCUGCACGCUCGCUGGAUGGCAGCCGCUGUGAAAUGUGAUUUCUGGCUAGGCCAGUGCCUGUGAUGUGUUUCCCCCUGGGCAGUGUAAGGAAGCAGUUAGGAAUUCCAUGGUGCUGUGGUUCAUUCUGGUGCCUCUCAGUGGCUUUACUGACACUUCACUGGGAACGUUUUGUUUAUUUUUCAGUGGCCCCUGUAGACUUCUGUCUCUGAUGGCUUCCCCUGUCCCCAUACUGCAGGGUUCUUGUAUUCUUUCCCCUACCUAACACGGAUUUCUCUUCUAGUGAUACCCCCUCACUCCUGUGUUGUCCCAAAUCACAAUCACUGCUGCUAUCUCAGGAAGCUUUUGCUCUUAAUUUCCCGUAGCUACUCUUAACAUAGCUAUCUGAGCUCUGCUGGAAGGUGCAGGUAGGUGGGAAGGAGUCCAGAAUUCCAGCCACCAUCUCCUACCUGGCAGUGGUCUGCUUCAAAAGCAAAGGAGCUGCUUGCCUCAGAGACCCGUUAAAGUGACUGGUAGCUGACUGUAGGUCAGGCAGUAGGUAACUGUGCAGCAGGAGGAUUAUGGUUCGAGCCCCAUCUCUCUCAUCCACGGAUCGCAAGUUUUCCAGACACUUUUGUUCUCUUCAGUCUUGGGUAGAAAGAGAUGCAGGAAUCCGCAACUGAAUGAAGGAGGAGGAGUAGAGGUGUAACAUAUCAAGGGAACUGCCUUCCUUUUCCAGUUUCCUCCAUCUCUUUGCCUUGAGCCUGGGAUCAGGGGCUGGGAGAACCGCAGCUGUGAGGCAGCUGAUGGAUAACUGUGCAUUUUAACAUCUCUCCUGCUAUUGAUCACUUGUCAGCUAUUAUAGAAGCGAUCUCCCCAACAGCUUCUUUUGGGGCAGAUUGUGGGAGCGGGGAUAUAAGGAAAGGCUUGACUCCAAGUGAAAUUUGCGUCCUUUUUUCCCAAUCCCUUUUGGAGAGGAGGAAGACUGUUAAAGAUUGCGUCUUUCAACCCCCAUCAGAGCGCCUCCAUCUGUGGGACGACUCCUUGUCUUGCAAGUUCUCCCCCUUUCCACCUCUGACCCUCCAGAUCUCCGUUUGUAAGCAGGAAUACAUGCGCAAUGGGGUGGGAUGAUUUGUGCUGCUUUUGUGGGAGAGACUAGCUCAUUGGCUGACUUCACUGAUAACAGGAAACUUAUUCCCUCCUGUUGCAGUUUUGUUGCUGCUUCUCCGACUUCAGCCUUCACAUCAUUCCCUUCCUGAGCUGCACGUGAACAGUGGUGUCCCUCAGUGGCUCAGAGCAGCAGGUUGUGUCACUCAUGGGACUAAUCCCUGUCAUAUCAAGUUGCAUGAAUCUUUGUGGAUCAGAGAGAAAUUCUGGGCACUUCUCCUUCCCUUCCUACCCAAUUGUCCCUAGCAUGAACCAUACCGAGGCAUACAUCAGAGUGAGAGGGCCUUUGGAAUGUUAGUAGUGUUCGUUUGGAUAACGUAUACAAACGAGGCAGGCUCAAUGUAGCUUGAGGGGCUGUGCCUCUUUCUACCCCAGCAGGAGAGAGAAUUAGCUUUCGUCCCACACCAUUGCUAAGGCUGUGGAAUGCUGGCAGGGUGUUUAUUUCUCUGGUCAUUGGUGCGUGGGCACAGGCUAAAACCAGCUUCUCAACCUUAGUUCUGAAUUUCCUUUGUGUCCUUCACACCAGACGCUCAGAGCUGCACCUGUGCAAAUGCACAAGCAAAAAGAAGCACUGGCUAUUGCAGGUGCAAUUGUGCAGGCUAAUUAGGUGUCUGCAGGUGUGAGUUGCGCGGUAGGCAUUUGAGCAGCCAUUUUCAGGUCUAAUUUCUAAGGCAAAAAUGUGCCCAUAACUGCCCUAAUUUACAUAUGCAAAUCAAAAAUCUGGCCCUUAACAGACUCUCCUGAAUUGUUUCUACAGUAGCACUUAAAUGAACCUGCAUUUAAUACAAUAUGGGCACUUGACCUGAGAGACUCGUGACUCCUUUGGAGUUGUUCCAUCAAACAUAGACCCUUAUAUUGACUCGGUAGCCGAUCUCAGAGUAGAACCAAUCCCUUGUGUGUUAGGUACCCAGUUGGGGGAAUGUGUAAAGAGAAUGUGUACACCAAGAUUUAUUAAAAUGAUGUUAUGGGUCGUGAUUGCCGCUAGACUGCCCCGUAUUUAAGUCUGGCUGCGGAGUUGGGGCGGGGGGAACCCUGCUUUUGUAACCUGUGGCCCCAGGACAUCAUGCCGUGGAAGAUGGGGGAGCUUUUCACAAAUAUAAUCUUGAUGCUUGUGUUCGAGUCCUCUUGUUAGGCUGUCAGCACUUGCCCAGCAGUGUCUGGUCUCCAGGCUGGCGCAGUGCCCCCCUUAGAGCGUGUGUCUACAUAAUAUUUUAAUGGCAGCUUUCGAGUUCUUCCAUGGAUGCCCUUUGAACUCGAGAUGUGUUUGGCACGGUAGCCAGCUCUGCACCCAGUGAGAGGGCUGUGCAGAGACCCGCGUGUGCUGCAGCACCUUUGCAGAGACUGCUCUGCCCUUUUAGAAGCUCCUUUCUUCUGUAGGGUGCCCGACUAACUUCAGUGUCAGAACGUACCUGGCCGAACUGCUGGCACAUCAUGGCUUUUAUUCUCUUGCUGGAGAGACAGUGACUGGAAUCUGGGCUCAUGCCAAAAAAAGCCCUUCAAUCUUGUGACAUUCAGAGGCGAAUUCCCUUUGAUCUGGCCCUGUGUGAAUGGAAAGUUGGCGGAGGUCUGAAGCCAUGGCAAUUGGUACUUCACCUCUGGGGAGCAGUGGCCUCCCAUGCUACAGUCUGUGUAGGGGCCUUUGGACCAAGGUGUACCCGUGUUUUUCGCGGAAAGGUAGAAUAAAGAAAAGCUGCCGUGAAGAGUUUGACACGGCAGCUUUCAGAGUCAGGCUGCAGAAGGGCAGAGAGAGAGAGAGAGAGGAGGGGCACUUUGUAGGCGUAAGCUACACAAAAACAUCAGCAGGUUCAGUGGGGCAGUCUCAUCGGUGGGGUGGUAAUUUUAAGCGGUGUCUUGCCAGUCACGGAGGGGUCUGGCCAUGGACCUAGUGCCUACUCCCAUGACAGCGUACACAAGUGAUAGUGUCAGAGGUCUAGUCUGUCUGCACUGAUUCCUGCAGGCUGUAACAUGCCCUGGAGGGCGAGAUUUUAUAUCCUGUCCCCGGCCAGCUUCCUGAGUCCUACUGGCAACAUAGCCAGUGACUAAUCAAGGAUUUUUUUUUCCCCUCUGGAGAAUGCCACUUACUGCAGAUGGGGCCCAGCAAGACCCUCUGCUUGUGUGAAAGCUGAGUGGGGGAAACCGCAACAGAACAUGGCUGUUUCUCUCAUGAGAGCUUCAUGCAGCAGGGUUCUCCCCCCUCCCUCCCCCCCCAACUUUCAGCAGAGGCAGGUGACAUCUGGGUUGGUAAAACUGACGUGUGACCAGUGGCGUAGUCCCGGGGAAAUGGAGUUUACCCCCCUUCUUAUUUGGGGAAUAUGGAGUUUAGUUUAGGUUAUUUACCCACUUUCUUUUUUACCGUACGCCACUGUGUGUAACGAUGCAUCCAGCACCAAUGUACAGCAGUUUGUAAUGCUGAUGCAUUUGAGGAUAGACCUCAAUACAGAGCUACUGUAGCGCUUUUCAGAAUGAGAACUGACCCCACAGAGCCCUCCCUUUUGUAGUGCUGCACUUCCUGUCCACCCGAAAGGGAAUGCCACCCAUGAGGCCGGGGUGGCUGAGCGAUGGAGGUGUUUGUAUCACUGUGAAAUCGUAAAGCUGGGGAUAGGGUUGAUCCCUGACAACGGUUUUUACAACAACUGGAAAACAGCGUCACUCCUGGCGGGGGAAGCCUCUGGCUAGGCAUCAUCUCCCGAGUGUUACGGAGCUUGCGUCAUAGCAAAGCAGUCCUGACGCUUGCGCUAGGCCAGUCACUUGCAGAUGGAGUAUGGUCUGUUGUGCCCCUGAAAACUGGGGCGUGAAACCCCUGUUUAAAAGUAUUUAAAUGAUGGCAUAACCGCUCUGUACUGUAGAUCAGCUUGAAAAACUUACUGGUCUCUCCACCUGAACUGAUCACUGGCAGUGGGGGGAUAGUCUUACUCCGAGCUCUCCUCCCGUUCAGUAGGUCCCUUGCUUUUAGUCCAGGUCGAGAUGAUAUUUUACCCUGCAUUAACAGGACUCUGCACUAGUCUAGUCCCUCCAAGCCAAUGGUCUCCCAGUAUUUUACCAAAAGCAAAGGGCUGCUGCUGCAAGCCCUCUCUGCUCAUGGGGGGACCGAUCCAAAGCCCAUUGGAGUCGAUGGAAAGACUCCCAAUGACAUCAGUGGGUUUUGGCUCAUGCCCAGAAUGCUUGCAGGAUCGGGCCCUCUCUGAGUGGCUCCAGAUGCCUCCGGCAGCCCUCUGCUUCGCCCAUGGGGAGCCUGUAGAAAAGCAGGGUCGGCUGUUGUGGCUGGUAGCACAGGAGAACUUCUCAGGGGUGUCUGAAUCUGCGGCGGGGGAAGUAAGCAUGUUCCAUGUUUGUACAGUGCCUAGCACGGUGGGGUCCUGCUCCGUGACUGGGGCUCCUAGAUACUGUGAUAAUACCAAUAAUCACCUGUGCUACAGUGGCAUAAUGAAAGCUGGAGUGCAGAAGCGUCUGGUUGUGGGAAGGGUUUUCUCUAAUUAGCAGUGUUGCGUAGCAUAAGUGCAUUUCAAGCGUGUGGAAUCCUGUCACUUGGUAUCGGGAGGUUGAUGGGCCUCUCUUGUGGGUUAGUUGAAGAAUUGUCAUUGGGUGGGGGGUGGUACCGUGUUUCCAGGCUCUGUGUUCCUCUGGGGUGAAGGCACUUGUCCUUGGGAGGAGCAGUUGCUUACAAGGGAGGGGUCUGCGUGUCUGAGCUGGCCCAAGAUGAGGAGCUGUGUGGUGGAGUUUGCAUCUUCUAGGGUGCGACAGAGUUCCCACCUUUUUGGGGGCAUCUCCGUUUCCCAGUGUUUGUGCACUGUCCUGUGAGUGGUGCUUGAGGGGAAACACCUGUUAGAGGAGGCUGAGAUGGAGACUUAAGGCACCCUGUGUCUCUUCUGUAACAGUGGAAAGCCUUUGGGGAAGGUGCCCUGUACGCAGACAGGAAAUAGACUCCGGCUGGUCAAUCUGUUGGUCUAGGAAUGCUCUGCUGGCAGUAGCGCCGAGGAAUACAUAAACCAAACCCCUGCAAUCUGCACUGCAACCUGACCUAGCAGCUACUGGACAAACCAUGGCUCAGCAUCCUCUAAGAGGUGUUUCCAUGGAAGCACACUCAGGAUAGUGCAUGAACAUUAGGAGUCAGAGAUGCCCAUGAAGCAGCUGGAAACUCUGUCACACCCUUGGAGACUUUCCUGAAUGUGGGUUUAUUUCUAGCUCAAUAUCACAUCCAGCAAACCUCAUAGAACCUGUAACGACGAGUAAGAUGUCCAUGUGUUGGGCUGGAAUUUUUUUUAGCUGUAAACUGCUGUGACCCAACAGGACUCUGCACUGGUACAGAAGGUUUUUGGCAGUCCAGAUAGACUUGUAAAGUUCUGUUUACUUAGAGAGAAUGCAAAUGUGUAGCUUUGGGUAUCCACUUUCCCCUGCAGUUGCUGUCUGUUUCGAACAGUGUGGCUGCAGCAAUUCUGGCACGAGGUAUCAAGGGAAGAGAUGCAGCUCCUUAGGAAAUGAUAGGGGAAAGGAGGUAACUUCUACAGAAGACGUGCUGUGGAGAAGCAAACAGCUGGAGAAAAAUGAAACAGGCUCAAUUUUUACUGGAUGACUCUUUUAAUUUAAGGAGCGUUUUUUUUAAAUUUUUAUUUAAAACUAAUCACUGAGCAUAAUGCAAGUGCUGGUUUCAUGUGUUGAAAUGGGGCUGUUUGAUCUCAGAUUGCUAGCUUAGAAGAUAAUAUAUAAUUUUGUGUGUGUGGACGGCUACUCACAUGGCCAAACUUCUUUCAUUGUGUCCAGCUGCCACAGGAUUGCAUGUUGGUAUUUGUGGUCCCGGGCAGACAAGCAGUGGAACGUACAAGAUACUUGAGCUCAGUCUGAAGAAUGAGGUAACUUAUGUAAAUGUGAGUGCAACUGGUUUUUGUGUGUGUGCGCUAAAUUAAAAUGUGUAAUUAUAUAUGGGGUUUUUUGUUUGGGCUGCACUCUAAUUUUCAAUCUUGACAAAAAAGCACUUAAGUUAGUUGUGUUCAUUUGCUUUAUCAAAGCAAUAUGCCCUUUGUUGGUUGAUUUUUUUUUCUGCCCCCCCUUCCUUCCCCUAAAUAGUUUUUCCCCUAUUCCUGUGCGUAUCCUUCAUUAACAAUUUCAUGUGGCACAGACUACAGUCUCCAACUGGCCUUUCAGAGUAAGGUUCAUAUCUGGUGUCAAUACCAUUGUUGUCUUAAGUGUUUGUAAAGUGCCAUGUGCAUCCUAUGACACAAUAUAAGUAACACGCCAGCUAUCUGCCUUCUACAAAUGGUAGCAGAGAGAGGAAAGGCGAACUUUCUUUCUGAAAUGCUGCUUGAUCCUCCCUUUCUGGCACUUAAACCUCUUAUGCUACAAACAUUAACAUGAAAAAUCAGAACUGUAGUUUAAACAAUGCACCUGUCCCAGUUUGUGCCCUUUUGUGGGGGCGGAGGGGGAUUUUUUGCCUCUGCUUGUAUUUGGUUUGGGGAGGAAAGGGAUUGUUCCGCAAAAGACAGCAGUGAUUUUGCAGUGCUUGCCCGCUGCAUCCCAGGUGUCGGGUAGAAAGCUGUGUGAACAAAGUGUGUGUGUGUGACUUUUACACCUAUCAUGAUUACCCAAGGAGCCUUUUCCAAUUUAAAAUAAUAAAAACAAAAAUUUUGUGAACUUA